CGCCCCCCUUGGGGCCUGUGCUGUGGGGAGCGGGGCCGUGGAUGUGGCGCCCCCCCCUCCCCCCCGCGAAGGAUCGGCCGGCUUGGGGGCCGGCGGCUGCAAAUAAGCUUAAAUGAAGAUGGAACACAUUAGGGCAUAUGAAACAAGGAGGAAUUCCAAGAUUCAAGAGCCCGCUGUAAAAUCUCGAGUUGACUGGAGGCGGACGAAGAGAAAUAGCAUCUCACAGCUACUUGAUAGUGAUGAAGAACUCGAUAACGAUGAAGAAGUCACAAGUGAUAAAGAACUUUUAAGCGUCGAACCACUUGAUAGCGAAGAUGAACCCGACGGGGAUGAAGAGCCGGAGUUGACGACUGAGGCCGUCAAUGAGAAAGAAAACAAAGAUGACGGUGUAAUGGAGAAUGGCAGCCCCCUGCCUCCCAGAGAAGGUAAAGAUGACAAUAUAGCCAAGAGCGAUAUCUCAGUGGAUACCGAAAAAGUUCCAUUGCAAGAUGUUCUCGGCCAGCCCGACACCCAGACGGAGGAGGACGUUGAAGAUGAGCACAUCAUCCUAGGGAAGCGAAAAAUGUCAUCCUCGGUGAUCUAUGACACUGACGAUAGUGACAGUGGCAGCAGUGAGAUCUUAGUAAGAAAGCUAUUUGCCAAACGACGCAUAAUAGAUGAUGACGAAUGCCCAGAGGUUGAUCCAAAUCGUCCUACCUCAGAAACAGACCCGGCCUCUCGGAAAUGGGAAAAGCUAGAGAAGCUGAAAGAGCUCUCAAAGCAACGAUCUCACCGAAGAGCCAGUGGUGGAUGUUUGGAGGAAUAUAAGGAAGAAUCCUGCCACUCGCCCUUUGUAACAAUAGGAAACAGUGACUCAGAGGAGGAGGAUGAAGAUGAAAAUAGUUUGGAUGAUUUUAUAGUUGAAGACGAAGUAGCUGAUGCUGAGGAGGUAAACGAGCUCCGGAAAACAUUGACUUCAUCAGAGUCUCCAUUUCUGAAACAUCAUAUUCCACAUUUGUCCUUCAAUGAUCAUUUCGUCCAUUUCCAAAGAGUGGUGAAGGCUUUCCUCAUCAACACUUUGGAUAACACUUUUCUGAGCACUUUAUAUGAUGGAACAAGGCAAAAAAGGUACGCACAAGAUAUGUUAACAUCUCUUCAUUAUUUGGAUGACCGGUUUGUUCAACCUCGUCUGGAAAACUUAAUUACCAGGAGUCGCUGGAAAGCACAAUAUAAGGAGCGGGUGGAGUGUUACCCUGUGGUGAGGGUCACUUUGACGAGUCCCAAGGAUGCAACCUGUCAAGCCUGUGGACUCCAUCGAUACUGUAAAUUUGCAGUGAAUUUAUCCGGAAAGCUCUAUAACAGCAGAACCUUGGAAACGGAUGACUUCAUGUUGCAUGACACCCAGGUUUUGAAGGUUGGCUGUGUGUGUGCAGAACGGACAAAGAUUUACCACCGACUGAAGCAUUUUAAGUACAAUUUAUACCAGGAAUGUUGCUCCAUUUCCAAAACUGACCAAAUCGAGGAUGAGCAGGUCAAAGAGACGGUGGAAAGAAUUUUCAGUCAGUCCGUCGAAAACGGCUGGAUUCAGGAGCGGUCUUGUCUACCAUGUACAUCUCACUCUGCUGUGUACCCAGACAUUGACGUACUCACUCCUUCACCCCAUUGUCAUCUCAUAACAAGGGUCUCGGCUUCCCUUGGCAUUAGGAUCGGUGCAGUGCCAAACCAGGGAAUUGGAGAAAUACCAGCUACUUCAAGGCUAUCUUGAUGAUGCCGAUUUCUUUCAAGAUGAGAAGAUUAAGUGAAAGUAUGCUUGGAUUUUUAAAAAUUAUGAACACGAUAAACAAUAGGGAACUGCUUCUGCAUGGCAUCUGCACGUCUUGUGAAGGAGAAAGUCAUAUUUUUAAUUGUAUAUAUUGUACAUACAAACAGUAAAGAAAAUUUUCAUUUAAAA